AUGGCCAGCAAGACGUUGACCGUCGGAGCUGUGAACGCUAGAGAAAACGUACGAACAAAUUCUUCUCGUAGUUCUCUUCCAGAUGGAUUCCGAAGCCCACAGGCAGUUGCCGACGCUGUUGCAGCCGCUCUAGCGGCCGAGAACGAUGCUAGAAGCGAUGCUAAUCGGCGCAAAGGCCAAACGCCAGCUGAUCCCAACCAACCACCAAAGCUAGAGCGCAGCCACUUGGAAGGAGACGUUAUCACCAACCAGAUCGACGCAGUGCAACAGUUGAUGUACCCGAAAAACACCCCGGACUGGCAGUUGAUCAAACCGGAACACUUCGAAAGAGGUCCAACCCCGAAAGGCUGGAAAGCUGGACUCGAGAAUCUACAGGAGCGCAUUGGCGUCAAAUUCCAGGAUAAGACGUUCCGUGUGGUGCGACUGUCGAACCGCAGUCUGGAAUUUCUAGGAGACUCGUUGCUGGGUGCUGCAGUGGCGGGAUACGUGUAUCAGAUGCUGCCACGACACCAAGAAGGCCAGCUAUCACGUGCUAAGUCGGCGCUGGUGAAUAACGACACACUUUCGAAGAUCAGUGCGGAUUUGAGCAUUACAGAUCUACUGCUUUGGCCGCCGGGAUUCAGUGAGGCUAGUGGUGCACCGCUUGUUGUCAAAGGACGAACUACCAUUGCUGCAGGCGCCGUGGAAUCACUAAUUGCAGCGAUUUAUCUCGAUCAGGCACUAGAAGAUGCGGGUAUGGAGACAGCGAUGAACUUUGUGGCUACCCACAUCUUUCCUCGCUCGGUUGAGUAUGCCACUCGCGCACUCGCGACGUCAUUUGGGAGCCUAUUGUCGAGUUGCAAAACAUGUUGCAGGGACACUACUACGGCCAACCAGUCUACAAGUAUGUAUACUUGA